CCUGCUUCUCAUCAUGCGUGUGUCUCCAUGUCACCGACAAUCCCGCCCGUAUAUGAGCCAGCUACAUAAUCUGUCAGCCGACAGUCGCCAUGCAACAGAGAAGAUGACAUGGAUGAGUUCGGCCACACGCACACGCGCAUUUCCACGCGACUUGCUUAACUGCUUGUGACGCGGGCUGUGCGAAAAGACAUAGAAAAGAAACACGAAGAACAAGAACGAACGAAGAGGGAGAUACUCUAAUUGGUGGAGAGACCGCUCUCAAAAACAAACAGAGGCCAACAAGAGGGGAAAGACAAGAAAAGGACAAUUGUGUGCGCGAGCGAGCAGGCCCCGCCCCCACCUCCCAUCCCCCAUGGUGACUGUACACACACGUGUUUGCCUGGUCCAGUGUGCACUGGCGCAUCAGUGACGGAGCGUGCUCGUUUAGCCUACAGCCUCCCUCACACAUCGCCAGAUCAGUCAGGUCCCGCCAGGCCUGCUCACAUCCACCGACGAGGACAUACGCUACACUCCUUGACCGACAAUGACAUCAAGCACACAGACACGCAAUCCGUUGUGUGAAGACCAGCCCAGUGUUGCUAUAGACACAAGCAAGAGACAUAUGCACGAUGUCCAGGACGAUCUACGGGACCCUUCACUCUGCAGGGCCACGACAAAACAAAACGUACACCAACACCAGGCUUGUCGGUGUAUUUUUCUAUUGCACUUACAAGUGCACUAAUUGAGGGCUGCAUCCUCACUUAGUACACCUGUUGCGCAGCCAGGAUGUUGCGCUCGAGGGCCGUGCAUUCCACUCUGGCCAGGCUGUUUCCCUGCCGCAGAGAACGAUCACCUGAGGCACGCGCAGAUAACAAGACAUGAAACAGAAACAACAGUGUGUGUAUGUGUGUGUGUGUGUGUGUGUUUUCCCACUCGUGUGUACCUGUCAGGCGGGCACAUGCCUGCAGCUUCUGCUCGGCGGCUGCUUGCAUAUCGGGAUGCUCGUGUGCCCACACAUGGUCACAUGAGGCCCUGAAGACCACAUACAUCCAAACUCCCGGUCCUUCCCCUUGUCUGCCUGUCUGCCUGCCUGCCUGUCUGCCUGUCGUCUGUGUGCCCAUCAGGUACCAACCAGGAGCAGUCGCGCUUCCAGCAGUAAUGAUCGAAGAGGUGGCACUCCCAACAGCACUUGCCAUCUGGCUUCGCUGCAGAAAGAGAGACGAAGCACGGAGCGAACAAACGCACACACCCAUGAGGUCUGUUUGAGCGCCUGUGUGCACGUGGGAUUGACAUACGGGUUGGGGCUGGUGCGGGCGUCGUUUUCUCGCGGCCGUCACGCUUGUCACGACGAUGGCAGGCGGAAAAGGAGCACUCGUAUUUCCAGCAAUCGUGGUCUGAACGCCAACAAACCGGAGGCAAGCAUUAGUGGCCAAGCAUGUGGUGCCAACAAGGAGCUCUCUUGAUCCCUGCUUGUUGUCUGUCGUGUCCUGCUGUGUAGUUUCCGUACCGAAGAGGUGACAGUGGAAGCAGCACUUGUCCCUAUCACCAUCAUCAGGGAACUUGUCACGGGGAGGCUUCUCUGCAGCGCACAAGAGCGACACACAGUCAGGCAGAUGUCGGCCAUGCGGUGGGUAGAGCAGCCAGGAAAGGCGUGUGUCCUACUGGUCGUGGUGGGAGGAGCUGGGGUUGUAGUUGCCUCAGGGGUCGUCUCGGCAGGCGUCGUCGCAUCAGGUGUGGGUGUAGGCGUAUCGUCCACCAAGGGAGUGGUCGGCGUGACUUCCUCUGCCGGGGUCGGGCACACACACACACACACACACAGGCAGGCAGGCAGGCAGGCAGGCAGGCAGGGAGGCAGGGAGGCAGGACACACACCACAUGGCACAUGGCACAUGUCUCAUGCCCUCCCGCCCCCCUCCCGUCCCUACUGGUCGUGGUCUCGGGCUCCGGUGUGGUGGUGGGCUCGGGCGUGGUGGGCUCAGGCGUAGUGGGCUCAGGCGUGGUGGGCUCAGGCGUGGUGGGCUCAGGCGGAGGACGGCAAUCAGGGUGCUCGGGCGUCGCAGCGCAGUCGACGGUCUCCGCUGCGCAAUCAGGGUGCUCGGGUGUCGCAGCGCAGUCGACGGUCUCCGCUGCGCAAUCAGGGUGCUCGGGAUCCGCAAGACAGUCAGGAGACCCAUUCUGGAGCCGACGUGCAGGCACGCCGGCGCGAGGCACUUCCUGUGCCGCCGCCAAGGCGAGCAGGCCGACUAGUGGCUGAGCAACACUCAAGGCGACAAGCAUGGCGAAGAUCAGCAGGCUCCUCAUGAUGAACUCAAGCAGCUGGAUGGAAGAGAGGGCGCCUUCUUCUUCUCCUUUUCCCCCCUUUCCAC